AUGAGACCGGUUCGACUUAUACUGAUGGAGUUUAUCGAAGGAGUCACCAUGUUUGAAUUAGACCCUGAUAAGCUUUCCGAGCAGCAAAGCACAAAUAUUAUGGUCAAGGCCAUUGACGGAUACGCUGCUCUGCAACAUCAUGGCGUCAACCACGGAGAUUUUUCUCCGCGAAAUGUCCUCUGUAGCGGCAACGAUCUAGGAAGCGUUACGUUGCGAGUAGUGCUUUUUGAUUUCAACAACUCGAUCGUACUGCGACUUGCAAACUUGCGAAGAACCCCUCCCAAGCUUCCUGUCUCGCCAAUAGUUGGUUACUGGAGGGGCGGCCCUCCUGAAUUUAGUCCCGGAUGGAUCCCUUAUCCUCCUGGAGAAUGGCUCUGGAAGCAAUGGGGAGAUUCACCGUCUUAG